UAUCAAAGAUGUUCAUGAAGACUCUCUCACAGUUGUUUUUGAGAACAAUUGGCAACCAGAACGCCAGGUUCCAUUUAAUGAAGUUAGAUUACCACCACCACCUGAUAUAAAAAAAGAAAUUAGUGAAGGAGAUGAAGUAGAGGUGUAUUCAAGAGCAAAUGAUCAAGAACCAUGUGGAUGGUGGUUGGCUAAAGUUCGAAUGAUGAAAGGAGAAUUUUAUGUCAUUCAAUAUGCUGCUUGUGAUGCCACUUACAAUGAAAUAGUCACAUUUGAACGACUUCGGCCUGUCAAUCAAAAUAAAACUGUCAAAAAAAAUACCUUCUUUAAAUGCACAGUGGAUGUUCCUGAGGAUUUGAGAGAGGCGUGUGCUAAUGAAAAUGCACAUAAAGAUUUUAAGAAAGCAGUAGGAGCAUGCAGAAUUUUUUACCAUCCAGAAACCACACAGCUAAUGAUACUGUCUGCCAGUGAAGCAACUGUUAAGAGAGUAAAUAUUUUGAGUGACAUGCAUUUGCGAAGUAUUCGUACGAAGUUGAUGCUUAUGUCCAGAAAUGAAGAGGCCACUAAGCAUUUAGAAUGCACAAAGCAACUUGCAGCAGCUUUUCAUGAGGAAUUUGUUGUGAGAGAAGAUUUGAUGGGCCUGGCAAUAGGAACACAUGGUAGUAACAUACAACAAGCUAGAAAGGUUCCUGGAGUUACAGCUAUUGAGCUAGAUGAAGAUACUGGAACAUUUAGAAUCUACGGCGAGAGUGCUGAUGCUGUAAAAAAGGCUAGAGGUUUUUUGGAAUUUGUGGAGGAUUUUAUUCAGGUUCCUAGGAAUCUUGUUGGAAAAGUAAUUGGGAAGAAUGGCAAAGUUAUUCAAGAAAUAGUAGACAAAUCUGGUGUGGUUCGGGUGAGAAUUGAAGGAGACAAUGAAAAUAAACUACCUAGAGAAGAUGGGAUGGUUCCAUUUGUAUUUGUUGGCACUAAAGAAAGCAUUGGAAAUGUGCAAGUUCUUUUAGAGUAUCAUAUUGCUUAUCUAAAGGAAGUAGAACAGCUAAGAAUGGAACGCCUGCAGAUUGAUGAACAGCUACGACAGAUUGGUUCUAGGUCUUAUAGUGGAAGAGGCAGAGGUCGUCGGGGCCCUAAUUACACCUCCGGUUAUGGUACAAACUCUGAGCUGUCUAACCCAUCUGAAACUGAAUCUGAGCGUAAAGACGAGCUAAGUGAUUGGUCAUUGGCGGGAGAAGAUGACCGAGAGAGCCGGCAUCAGCGUGACAGCAGGAGACGCCCAGGAGGAAGAGGCAGAAGUGUUUCAGGGGGUCGAGGUCGUGGUGGACCACGUGGUGGCAAAUCUUCCAUCAGUUCUGUGCUCAAAGAUCCAGACAGCAAUCCAUACAGCUUACUUGAUAAUACAGAAUCAGAUCAGACUGCAGACACUGAUGCCAGCGAAUCUCAUCACAGUACUAACCGUCGUAGGCGGUCUCGUAGACGAAGGACUGAUGAAGAUGCUGUUCUGAUGGAUGGGAUGACUGAAUCUGAUACAGCUUCAGUUAAUGAAAAUGGGCUAGUCACAGUUGCAGAUUAUAUUUCUAGAGCUGAGUCUCAGAGCAGACAAAGAAACCUCCCAAGGGAAACUUUGGCUAAAAACAAGAAAGAAAUGGCAAAAGAUGUGAUUGAAGAGCAUGGUCCUUCAGAAAAGGCAAUAAAUGGCCCAACUAGUGCUUCUGGCGAUGAAAUUUCUAAGCUACAGCGUACUCCAGGAGAAGAAAAGAUUAAUACCUUAAAAGAAGAAAAUACUCAAGAAGCAGCAGUCCUGAAUGGUGUUUCAUAAACUGAAGAAGUUCCUAGUUUACAGUUCUUUUACAUUACAUUUUACAAUAGUGCUUGUACAAGCUUGCCAAAGAUAGAAUAUGGAUCGCCAGUCUUUACAUCGCACUUUCAGUUCCUCCAUUUGGAAUUCAGAAAGGGGAGGGAUCCUGAAGAAAUCAUAUGUUAAACAUACUUUGACACCUACUGUGUUAUAAAAUAUAUCAUCAGAUGUGCCUUGAGAAUAGUAUAUGUAACAUUAAAAAAAGUUGCUGGCUAU